UUUGAGUUUAAUUAGUGCCACUUUUUAAUUCAUUGUUUCAUGAUGGUGAGAUUGGACACUUCCAACCAGAGCUUUUGCAUUAAGGCAGAAAAGACAACGUAUAAAACAUUAACUAUAGCCCUGCAGCGUACUGCUCUAUUUGUUCUUUUUCAGAGAAUGCAGUCUAAUAUUGUAAUAUAUAUUGUACAAAUAUCUCUUACAGUUGCUACCCAAAGCUUUACAGAUCGCCAUUGACGAGGAUGUCGAAUUCCGACGUGGACUUCCUUUACAUUAUCUUAACUCUAUGGGAUUUACAAACUCCGAAACUGUUAGUAGAGUUUACUGUAGUUGUUUAGUUUGUAAUUUUGAGAAAUGUUUUUAUUCAUUACUGUAUAUCAGGAUUUGCUGGCAGUUCCUGGUCAUUUGUUCUUGUUAUCAUUGUCUGAAUCGGGAUUUUGGGGUUUUUUUCUGUCUGGUUGUGAAUUUUUUCAUGGAUUUAAUUCUGCAAUUUAUUUUUUUAGUCUAGUAAAGAACGUUCAGAGUUUCUUCGACGUGUGGAACAACUUCUCAUGAAAUUAGUCUCUUAUCUACCUGUUGAUGGCGCAGUUGAUCAGGUGAACUAAACUAAAGUUCUUUUGUUUUUAUACUGGAUAGCUCAUUUCUUAACUGCAGUGACAUAAGCAAUAAUAUCAAAAUGUCUUUUUCUGAGUACCCUUUUGCGUCCAAAUGUUUUUUUAAUACUAACAAUAAUUUUAUUUAUCCUUGUUUUUCUACUUAUAGUGUCUAUGUUUUUCAGGGGUGGGGCUGCAUUAAUUUUACAGUUACAAUAUUUCUGCGUACAUCUAUAAGUUAGACAAAUAACAUGUUCAAUUACCAAAACAAUUAUUUAAUUAAUAUACACUGUCAAUGGUAAAAAAAUGUAAUUCACUAUUCAGUCAAUAUACAGUACCUUUUCAAACGCCAGAACUCCGUUUUCAAACGCUAGAACUCUCUUUACAAAUGGCAUAACUUGGUUUUCAAAUGCCAUAACUCCGUUUUCAAACGCCAGAACUCCCUUUGUAAAUGCCAGAACUCCCUUUGUAAAUGCCAGAACUCCUUUUUCAAAUGGCAGAACUUGUUCAAAUGGCAUAACUUGUUUCAAACGCCAGAACUCCGUUUUCAAAUGCCAGAACUCCAUUUAUACAAAUGCCAGAACUCCCUUUUCAAAUGGCAGAACUUGGUUUUCAAAUGCCAGAACUACCUUUUCAAACGCCAGAACUAUCUUUUCAAACGCCAAAACUUCCUUUACACUGAAUGCCAGAACCCCCUUUUCAACUGGCAGAAGUGUAUUAAGUAAUAAUAUACCUUGAGAUGAUUUUAAGUGUCCUAUAUUUGUAUUUCUAGAUGGGCAUCAAACAUAUUCAUGACAGUUUACCGCCCGUGCUGAGCAAAGGUGUGUAAUCAUGUUCUUGGGUAUAAAUCCAGGUUAGAGCUGAAUUAAUAUCAGUGUGGAUGCUGAACGAAUUUGAGUAUAAUACCUGGUCUAAGCUCCUUUAAUAUUAAACAUUUUGUAAAAUAUUUAAUAUAUAAAGCCUUAAAGGUUAAAUAAGGUGUUGUUCUCAUGCCUCAUAGAGGAGAAAAACUGCAGUAUUUUUAAUGUCGGUGCACAUUGGCAAGAUGGUCAGGUUAUUAAUUCUGUUCAAUUGGACAAAAAUACUGAACUGCGAUUGGUGCGUAAGGACGCUGUAAGGUGAGUUUCAUUCUCAUUGUGUUUACUCAAUAAGCUCCACCUUAGUUUAAGCACUGCAUACUUACAUGCAUGAGCGCAAAAUUAUUUUGAAGAGUGCCUAAUCCUUAAUUAAAUAAGCAUUAUUCACAACAAACUGUUGAACACAAAUUGAUUGGUUAAUGGUUGAACCUCUCUUUUAAAAAGUAGUACACAACAUCUCAAACUCAAAAAGGGACAUGGAUAUAUGAAUGACAAUACAACAUUUGAAGCGUAUUCAUUUUGUUCCUUAAACGUUUCCUGUUCUUGUUAUAGAAACCUAACGGGAAAAAAAUUAAUUUUUAAUUUUUUUAUUUUUUACUGCCCUUCAAUAUAUGCCGAAUAUCGAAUAAGUGCCAAUUAACACUAAAACUAAAAAAUUAAACAAGGAAAUAUGGUAACCAACAUGUUUCAGUGUUAAUGAUAGAAUGAACAAUGCCUUUAUGUUGUUUCAGACUUAUUGCAGAUGAUGAAGGAGUCACUGUUUAUUACACUCUGGAGAACUCGAGAGUUUUUCACGAACAAGAACCACAGUACAUGGAAUUCACUUCUGAAGUAUGAAAAAUUAUGGGUCUGUUCACAUGAUCCUGCUUAACAAGACACCGCAUAUAUUUUGAUUUAUUUUAUACAUAUUUGAUUCUUGUUUGUAAAACUAACAAAAAAUAAGUUGGCGGAGGUAAUUAAUGGCAAAAUUAUCCAAAAUUGUUUUAGUAUUAAAAAAUAAUUUUGAAAGAAGUUCAAAUCGGUACUUCAUGCGUUGUAUUCAUAGAACAACACAAUGCAUUUUUAGGUGUUUUAAUAAUCCCACUUUGAUGAUAGGAAAGCUGAUGUUUUACGAUAAUGCAUGUGCACUGCCUAUCAUGCAAGAAAACUGAUCACUAAAGAAGUGCGUUAUAUAAGAGUCAAAAUCUGUUAAAAAAUUACUCUGCAGUUUUGACUGCUUUUUCAAAAGACUGCACUGCAACAUCAACAUGCCACUACAACUAAAGUUAUAUUCUUUACAUAUCAUAGGGAUCGCCAGUAAUUGAAGAUAUAACAAAAAAAUUUCCAAGCUAUGUUGCAAUCAAAGACUUGCCAGGAGACGAUAUGGAAUUUAAGGUUCGUGCUUAGACUUGGUUCAAGUCCGUCUCUCAAGGGGUUGAAAAUAGCGAUGCACGCGAGAUGUUAAAAAUGGCGCGAAAAUAUGAGAGAAAAGUAGGGAGAGACAGACUUGGAUACCCUGCAAGCGCGCCAACAAAUUUUCGCGCCAAUUUUUGCAAGUUACAUUCGAAAAUUAUGCUGCGAAUGUCCCAAGUCCGUCUCUCCCUACUUUUCUCCCGAGACGGACUUGAACCAAAUCUAGUUCGUGCUACACACAUUUUCAUUUGUGUGUAUGUUUAUGUGUGUAAAGCUUAGACUGGCAGUAAAGAAGGAAAUAGCAUGUGUAUCAUGUUCUAUGUUCUUUCUCCAGCCAUCUAGGCUGCGAUAAUUUAAAGGGCAUAUGACUCGAAAAUUGACGGUGUUAUUUUUUAGUCUAAAUUGAAAGAUUGAAAACCGUAGAGUAACUUCUUUGACAGAUUUUUGUUUUCUUGCUUCGUUUUGGAGAUCUUUCAUUUUGUAUGAUAUGCAAAGGACCAACUUCCUACGUCAUAUAUGAUUACGUCAUAUAUGACAAAAUUAUAUAACAUUUUAAAGAAAGUCAUUAUACAUGUGUGACGUAGAAAGUUGGUCCUUUGCAUAUCAUACAAAAUGAAAUAUCUCCAAAACGAAGCAAGAAAACAAAAAUCUAUCAAAGAAGUUACUCUACAGUUUGCAACGAUCUUUCAAAUUACACUAAAAAGUAACACCGUCAAUUUUCGAGUCAUAUGCCCUUUAAGAUUCUUAGUCGUACCUGACUGGUACGCCAAUGGUUGUUCCCAUGUACUUGAGCUGGUACAAAGUACAAACUCAGUACUCAAUGUACAAAGUACUACAGGUUUCUGUAAGGUACGUUCAGACUACGAAGUAGAAAAAGAAGCACAAUUGCAUAUAAUACAAAUAAUCGACUGAAGUCGACUCCAACGUUUCGUAGUGCCAUCAGCCAAUCCUGUUUCAUGCCUUGGAUAUCUCCGACACAUGAUACAUAUACCAAAUUAUUUACGAUAUUGAAUACCUUGGGUUUGGAAAGGUUAUGUGGUACCAGCAAAAUGUGGGUACGCAGAUAGCAAGAGUUCCGCGUACGUACGGGUACGUGACUGAAAACAAAGAAGUACCAGACUGUAAUAUUGGCUUACCUCCGGUACAUAAGUACGCGAAUUAUCGCACCCUGGCCUCUCGUACACAGCGGGGAGCAAGGGGGGCAACUGCCCCCCCUCCCCCAGAGAAGACUAUAUAUUGACGAUUUUUAGAAUGUCAUUAUUAAGUAUACUUUGGAUAUUUGGGACUUUUUCGGCAUAUAGGCCUUAUUGCCCUCCCAGUGAAAAAAUCCUGCGUACGGCCCUAGGCAACAGCCUUAACGUGAUAAACGUGCUGGGUUUUCUUUUUGUAAAUAUAUAAUUUAUACCUUGUUUGAUUUUUCCUGUUCAGAUUGAUCUGCUGACUAUGUUGUAUGAGAAAGGAAUAGUCAUCACAAAAGAAUCUUUAACAUCAAAGACAACAUGAGACGUGACAUGAGACAUGUGACUGCACGGUAUCAUACUCUACAUGCUUAAUUCAGUUCACAAACAUCAGGUGGGCAUAUAACCCAAUGCAUAUACCCAGACUAUGUUUGCAUAGGUGACUGAUCUCAAAACCGUACUAAAACUUGAACGGAAUGAUGAAACACAUAUUUCGGUGAGGAGUGAAGGUCCUAUUUGUAGGCAAUCGCUCAAACUUGUGGGUGUUGGGUGGCUGUUGGCAGGUUGUCGAUCACCAUUAAUUAUCUGGUCAAGUUCUGUGAUUGGUUGAUUACAACUAGGAUUCUCGUAUCAAAAACUGAAAAACGGGAGAAAAAAACACGAAAAAAGUGUGAAUCGAUUUUUUUAAAACACUUUCAAAACUAGGUAGGUACUCAAUAACUGUACUUACACGUACGUCAGAAUAAUCACAGAUUUGUAACUGUGUAAACAGUUGGAAUCAUGCAAGUUUGAGUAGAAGCCCAAAAUCCAUCCAGACUAGUGUGUGAACAUCGUCAUAGAUUCAUAGACUGCUAAUUUUUAAAUUUAUGGAGUAAACCGAAUAGUAGGAGGAUCUGAUGGGUAAAUGAGUGCCAGUAGGUGGGGGAUAUUUGUUUCCCUUGAGAAAUCUUAUGCCCCUGAAGUAAGGAUUUUUCUGUGCAUAAUUUCAGCUUAGCUUAUAUCUUUAUGGGGCCUAGUUGAAACACCACACUUAUCACAUCCCAAACUUGAAUGCUUUUUUUGAGCUUACAGUAUUUGCAUUAAGCAUAACCGUGAAAUGAUUGCUGUUUGAUUGUUUGAAUGAGGCAUACGUACUAGUGUAUAGAAAACGAACUAUAAAGCAUAUUGAUAACAAUUUUUUUUGUAUGAUAUAUAUCUAAUUCUAUCAAUAAUUAUAAAAGUUGUCGUAGAUGAUAAUUUUAUUGUUCAGUAGUUUUCUCUGCACUUUCAUCGACUCUCUUUUGUGCACCAACAAAUUCUGUAUAAUCUAUAUAUCCGUCCUUAUUUGUGUCAUCCUCUUCCAAAAUUUGAUCAAUCAUGCCUGCUAAUUGUUCGUCUGAGUAUGUAGUUGUGUCUUGUUUGUCAUCUUCUUCAUGAAAAUGUGUCAUGGCAUUUCCUAGUUCAAUGCCGUCCAAUCUGUUGUUGUUGUCGUAGUCGUGUAAUUUGAAAUAAUGAAAUUGAAGAUCUUCAUCGCUCAUUGGUUCUUCUUUGACAUCCGUAACAUCUUUCAAAUGUUCUUUGAUAUGACUAGAGAGAAUAAAUCGAGAUUAAAAGUUUAACC